UGAAAGUGUGUCGUCAUCAUUACUCUGGUAGACUAGUUCACAGUGUUUUCUUCGUCGCUGAUCGCUUACUUCACCUGGAAGGCGAUGACGAGGAAUCCAAUGCGAAAUUAGGUCGGUCAAAAUUUCGAUUCGAUCUCUCUACUUGUUCAUUUCUCAUUCACAGAAAUUACUGAGAAGUAGUCGCAGGCCUUGAUUUUUGUUAUUGGUUUCGGACGGUGGAGCGAUAAUGGAGCCUCCUCUGCCGGCGAACUACGUCACUCUGCUCCAGCUGAAGGAGCGGUACCUGAAAGAGAAGGAGCGGGAGCGAAAGGAGAAGGAGGAGGAAGAAGAACGGAAGGAGGAGGAGGAGCGAGCGCAGAAGGAGAAGGAGGAGCGAGAACGAGAACAAGCGGAGAAGGAUCGAGCGCAGAAGGAAAAGGAGGAGCGAGAGCGAAAGGGGAACUACGUCACUCUCCUCCAGCUCAAAGAGCGGUACCUGAGAGAGAAGGAGCGAGAGCAGGCGGAGAAGGAUCGAGCGCACAAGGAGGAAGAAGAGGCGAAAUUGCGGAAGUUUCGGCCGGUUGAUCGGAGGGAGUUUCGGCCGGUUGAUCGGAGAGAGUUUCGGCCGGUUGAUCGGAGUGUUUCGGUGUGCGAGGGUGGGGAGAUGGAGGGGAAGAGCGAGAAGCCGCCGGAGGAGGAGGAGAAGAGGAAGAAGAAGAAGAAGAAUAAACGGUGGAAGAAGAAUAUUAGGGCAGAGAACGAGGAGGUGAGGAGUGAGAAGGAAGGUGUAGUAGUUCUGGUGGUUCAAGAGAGUAGCGAGAAGGCAAAUAAUGGUUUCAGAAGGAAUGGACGAGAAAGGAGAAGAGCUGGUGGUGUUGAGUUUAGGGAAAAGAGCAAGAAUGGGGAGGAGAUUGAACCAAAAGCUAGGAAUUUAUUGAUAAAUGGUGAGACUGAAAUGGGGGAUGAUAGGUUGAGGAGGCCAAAUAGCAGGAAUGUGGGUGCGAAAGACGAGAUUGAGCCGAAAGUUAGGGACUUAAGGAUGGAUGGUGAGACUGAAAGAAGGAAUGAUAGGCGGAGGAGGUCAAAUAGCAGGAAUGUGGGAGCCAAGGAAGAGAUUGAGCCGAAAGGUAGGGACUUGGGGAUGAAUGGUGAGACAGAAAGAGGGAAUGAUAGGCGGAGGAGGCCAAAUCGCAGGAAUGUGGGUGCCAGGGAGGAGAUUGAGCCGAAAGUUAGGGACUUUUCGAUGAAUGGUGAGACUGAAAGAGGGAGUGAUGGGCUGAGGGGGGCUAAGGAGGAGAGUGAGCCAAAAGUUAGGGAUUUAUCAAAGCAUGGUGAGACUGAAAGAGGGGAUAGGCUGAGGGGGCCAAAUAACAAGCAGGAGAGUGAGCCAAAAGUUAGGGAUUUAUCGAAGCAUGGUGAGACUGAAAGAGGGGAUAGGCGGAGGGGGCCAAAUAACAAGGCGGAGAGUGAGCCAAAAGUUAGGGAUUUAUCGAAGCAUGGUGAGACUGAACGAGGGGAUAGGCUGAGGGGGCCAAAUAACAAGGAGGAGUGUGAGCCAAAAGUUAGGGAUUUAUCGAAGCAUGGUGAGACUGAAAGAGGGGAUAGGCUGAGGGGGCCAAAUAGCAAGGAGGAGAGUGAGCCAAAAGUUAGGGAUUUAUCGAAGCAUGGUGAGACUGAAAGAGGGGAUAGGCUGAGGGGGCCAAAUAACAAGGAGGAGAGUGAGCCAAAAGUUAGGGAUUUAUCGAAGCAUGGUGAGACUGAAAGAGGGGAUAGGCUGAGGGGGCCAAAUAGCAAGGAGGAGAGUGAGCCAAAAGUUAGGGAUUUAUCGAAGCAUGGUGAGACUGAAGGAGGGGAAGAUAGAUUGUGGAGGCCGAAGGGCAAGAAUGUGGGUGGGAAGGAUGAGACCGGGCUGAAAGUUAUGGACUCAUCAGUGAAGGCUGAGAGUGAAGGAGGGGAUGAACGGUUGAGGAGGCCAAGUAGGUCUGAUUACCAUGGUAAUGGAAAAACUUGGGGUUACAAGAAAGAGAAGCAGAGGCAGUGGGCUGUCCUGGCUUGGGUGAAGAAGGGAGAGGUUUCUGAUGGCAAUGUUGCUGGAGUUCAAAACUGAGCAUUCUAUUUCUGGUUCAACUAGAGCGUCUUCGAAUGCAAAUUCACUGAAAUCGGCUGGCGCUAGGAGAGUGAUCCAAUACAGGCCUACAGGGGAAGUGACAUAAAUGCCAACUAAAAUUGUUGUGGUAAUGCAGUGUUUAUAGUUGAGGACUUGUAAAUGCAGUGGAAAACAUACAUCUUUCUGUUUUAUGAUGGACCUAAUCAGUAUUCAGAUAUUUUUACGAUGGACCUAAUCAAUUCGAGUUUUGAGCUAAAUGAACAAAAGAAUGAAAGAUGAUGAUCCUCCGCUACCUUUCA